AUGUCUAAAUACGUGCUACCUAAAGCAGUGAAGGAAAUAAGAUUUCAUUUGUCACAAGUGGCUGAAGCCAGCACUCCUUUGAGAAAUUUUCUAGUCAGUUCAUAUCCAACUUUGCAUAAGAAUAAUCCAGCACUACCAAUUUUAAUAAGGGAAGCUCAAAGCGCCAAACCUACUGUUUUUGUUCGUUUUGAAAAAGGUGUUGAAGUUAAAAAGGACUUGAAUGGUUUAGACAAGUCACAAAUUGAAGGUGAAUUAAAGAAUUUACUCGGAAUAUGA